UCGAUUUGUGGCAAAAAAAAAGUUAAAGUGAAUUUCCAAUAAACCCUGCGCAACGGUUAGAAGUCGCAUUGAACGCGUCAGAUUUAUAAAAACAAAGCAGCGCCAGAUUUGCAUCAGCUUGUAGUGCUCCCAAACUCGUAGAGACAGAACAAAUUAAUCAAUAUUAAUACGUCUGUGCUGCUAAUUGUCUGUGCUCGUUAGUGUUGCAGUGUGUAUAUAUUUUAUUGUUCAUUCCUUAGGUGCAAAUAAUCAAAUUAAAUUCCAAAUUGUUUAUUAAUACAUAUUAAACUAAAGAGACAACAACAACAUCUUCAUCAUGACCAUGGCUGGGCAAACAAUCAAUGACAGGCUGCUGGCUGCACGUCACAGCCUUGCAGGCCAAGGACUGGCUAAGUCAGUUUGCAAGGCCACAACGGAGGAAUGUAUCGGGCCGAAGAAGAAGCAUUUAGAUUAUUUGGUGCAUUGUACUAAUGAACCGAAUGUUUCCAUACCGCAUUUGGCUAAUUUACUCAUCGAACGCUCACAGAACGCGAAUUGGGUGGUCGUUUAUAAAUCGCUGAUUACAACACACCAUUUAAUGGCAUAUGGCAAUGAGCGUUUCAUGCAGUAUUUAGCAUCAAGCAAUUCCACAUUUAAUCUAAGUUCCUUCCUGGAUAAAGGAACUGUUCAAGAUGGUGGAAUGGGAGUUCCAGGUGGAAGAAUGGGUUAUGAUAUGUCUCCAUUUAUACGACGCUAUGCUAAAUAUUUAAACGAGAAAUCACUCUCCUAUCGAGCCAUGGCAUUUGAUUUUUGCAAAGUGAAGCGUGGCAAAGAGGAGGGCUCAUUGCGAAAUAUGAAUGCUGAGAAAUUAUUAAAAACGCUGCCAGUUUUGCAGGCACAAUUGGAUGGGCUGCUGGAGUUUGACUGUCAAUCCAAUGAUUUGACCAAUGGUGUUAUAAAUAUGAGCUUUAUGCUAUUGUUUCGCGAUUUAAUUCGCUUGUUUGCCUGCUAUAAUGAUGGAAUUAUUAACUUGCUUGAGAAAUACUUUGAUAUGAAUAAGAAGCAUGCACGCGAUGCUCUCGACUUAUAUAAGAAAUUUUUGGUGCGAAUGGAUCGAGUUGGCGAAUUUCUUAAAGUGGCUGAGAAUGUAGGCAUUGAUAAGGGGGAUAUUCCGGAUUUGACAAAAGCGCCUAGUUCACUAUUGGAUGCAUUAGAACAGCACUUGGCUACUUUGGAAGGGCGCAAGGUGUCGGCCGCCACUACACCCACGCAAUCAUUGAGCUAUCAGCGGACAAAUGUUAAAAGCGCUUUCUCUGCACUUUAUUCAACUAGCUCUGCAUUUGGAACUGUGGUAGCGACUAGCAAAUUUGAUACCGCGAAUGGCAUUGACGAACAGCUGAAGGCUCAAGCUCUAGCCGAGGAGGAGGCCGCUAUGAAUCAGUACAAAUCCAAGUUGUCGUCUCCCACAAGUAGCAGUGCAGGUGGUGUUAGCGCUGCACUAACAAAUCCAUUUCUGUCGUCACCACCAGCCACUCCGGCUGGUCAGCCGAUAGUUGAUUUGUUUGGUGUCGCGCCAGUAAAGCCAACAGUUCCUGCUACUGCUACAGCAGUGCACCAGGCGACGGCCUCGAAGGCAUCUGAUGACUUGCUGCAAUUGGGAAAUCCAUUUGCAGAUAUGUUUGACGCCAACACUGUCAGCAAUGCUGCAGUCCCAGGAUCAACAGGUUUCAAUGGCGCUGCAACAGCAAACGCAUUCGUCUCUGAUAGUAAUUUCACCUCAGUAUUUGGUAAUACGGAACCUGCAGCUUCAGAAAUACCGUUGCCAAACCCCUUUUUUGACGAUGUGCCAAUUCAGAGCGCUGCAUAUGGCAACUUUAUGGAACAGCAGCAUCCUUCUGUAGGCCCAGUCGAGAUGCUCUUAAUGCAACAACAUAAUGAAUUCCAGCAACAGCAAGAUAAUCCCGUGUUGUUUACAACUUCUACUAAUAUGGCCCUAAUUCCCAAAGGCUUUGAUGCUUUGGGCGAUGUUCUAAAACCAGCCAUAGCCAACAACAACACAAACAUGAAUAGCAGCAAUCAAAUGAAUGUUGUCGUCACAGGUGCCGCCUUCCAGGGCUAUAAAAGCUGCAGUCCAUCUCUUACACUACAACAACAACAAUACACACAACAGCAAAUGCACCAGCAACAUCAGCAGCAACAGCAACAACAAGCAGCUAGUACUGGAAAAAUUAUAACGGGCGAUCUGGAUAGUUCACUAAUGUCAUUAGUUGAUAAUUUAAAUAUAAACAAAACCGCAAGUGCAAAACCUGUGCAAUGGAAUUCACCUAAAAAUACAGCGAAACCAGGUGCUAGUUGGACACCACAACCAAUGGCGGCUACAACUGGUAUUGGCUAUCGCCCAAUGGCCCAUGGUAUGGCAGUAAGUCCUGCGCCAAUCACAAUCAAUCAUCCGUACGCUAGUUAUCCUGUAAUGCCAAAUUAUAUGCAGGGAAUGGCAAUGAUGGGGCACCCAACUAUGCUGGCACAGGGAGCCCCUUCGACUGGGGCACAGCCGACUUUGAUAGGAGCGCCUCACAGUAAUUUAAACUCUGCUACUGGCAUUAUUCAGCCAAUCCAGAAGGCAACGUCCCAGAAUGGUGCCAAUAAAAUAACUUCGCUGGAUCCAUUUGGGACAUUAUAAGGCAUCACAUCUAAAUACGGCAUAUAUGAAAAAAAGCGCUUCAACCUCAUAGAAAAACUCAAACUCACAUAUAAUAUUUAUCAUA